AUGCCUGAAGCGUGGCGUAUGAUCAUGUUAGGCUAUCAGGAUGUAUUAUCCUCUCGACGGAAGUUCUCUCGACAAGGAGCUCCGUCGCAUCCACCGGAAAUCGGCGGCGACCCGAUCGCCGCCACCGUUGGCCAGGAUUACGAGGUAUCCGACAUUCAGUGCAGCGGCGCAGGAUCAGCGGCCGAUCUUCUGACAGCGAAGAUCAAAAGGCCGGUUGGCUUCAGAGGUACGCCGCUCUUUGCCGACGACAGAUCGGCGAAUCCGCUCGCCGACAUUCACUGCCAGAUCAGGCCGGACCCGAACGAUCCGCAGGAGGAUAACUACUUCCUGAAGGUGACUGACUUCUCCCGAUGCGGCAUCCUCAAGAGAAACGGAUUCAUUCAUCUGCGAGUGUGGUUCCCGGCUUUUCCCGGCGUGGUGAUGCUGGCCGACCAGGAGCUGAUCCUGAUGUGCCGGCCGCCCGAGCCGACGCUGCUGAGGCACAAGGCUGCCGGUUUCGCUGGCACUUUUCCGCACGGCGCCAGGGUGUCCGGCGUGGUGGAGGAGACGCCGGGCCGGCUCGAGUACGAAGUGGCCCUUUAUCGCGAGGCGACCGGCAAUGUGUCCGAUAGCUCGCAGACGGUCGAUCAGGCGGUGCCGAUUGGCACGAAGCUACAACUGCGCGCCCGCAUCAGUCCGGACAGCGCUUGGGGUUACAUUAAACUACUGGAAGUGACGGUCAGUCCCGAUCCGGAUCAGCCACACGCUCACGGUAGCGUCGUGCUCGUAAAGGACGGCUGCAGGAAUCGCGAUUUCGCGUCCAUCAUCCCGCAUCAGCCGGCGCGGUAUCGCGAGCGCAAGAAUGAAGUCUUUCUCGACUUCGAGGCCUUUCUGCUGAGCUCGAUGAGAGAGCGCUCUACCCUCUGGAUUCAUUCGCAGAUAAAGGCGUGCAUGGAACCGCAGGACUGUCAACCGGACUUCUGUCUGGAUCUCUUCGAACCCUCGGGACAUGGGAAAAAGAGGAAAAGAGCAGCGGUCGAGGCAAAUGUGGAAGCAUCAGGCGAGUUUCUUCCGAGAGUCGAGCGUUUGAUCAAAAGAUAUAACGACUCUACGCCAUACACGAAAUUUAAGGAGAACAUUGAAUAUACGGUCACAAUGCCGGAAGAACUGUACGACAAGGUAGCGGCUGGCCUCGAAGGCAGCUGCGGGAAUUUUCUUUACGUAGCGACGGGAUUGGGCGUACUGUUGGUGUUAUCGGCCUUCAUCAUGUGCUACUUGGCGUCGCGUCUUCACAGCCUAUCCACGACGAUGCAGCAGAAUAAGUCUAUCGAUGAGCUGGUCAGAGACCGUACUAGGAAGUAUUGCGACACCACGCCCGGCUACACCGGGCGCUCAACGAUGCAAUAAAGCAAUGCACGAUCGAGAAGAGAUGCGAAAACACUCUUCGCGAAAUGUAUAUUAUGUCACGAUGUAAAGCAUAACGUAUGUGUUAUCAUUGAUUGAUGUUACGCUUUGAAACGAGAACUGCGUAAUUUACAAAAAGGAUGAUAUUAAAAUUACAAAUCAUUGCUUGAUUUUUGCAUUUUAAAAGCGCAAAAUACUUUUUCUACUUAAAAAAAGAGACAUAGUGUUAUGUCAACGAUAUAAUAUUAUACGUUAUGUUGUGCGUCAAGUUUAUCGAGAAGUGAUUCUGACUGCGAAAAAAACUUUUAUAGAGAUUCCGAAUAAUGUUCGGACGAGCGAACGACACCGCCCACUGUAGAAUAAAAAUAGUUUUUAUGACGUAGACGUUCGAAGACAAACAUUGGCAAACGAGUGUACUUUCGAUGAGAUAAAAUCAAUUUAAAUUAACGAUUGACGAACCGCAGAUAAAUUGGUAAUUUUUGAAAGAAAUAUUUUUUUGUCAGAUAUAUCGAAAGUAUUAAAUUCUAAUUGUCUAAAUUCUAUUAAUGUAGAUACGAUAGCUUACACAGCACGUGUUUACGUUUUCAUGAGCAAGUGCCGCUUAAAGUAAUUUUUUUCUACACAAACACUUGGAACCGUUCUAUUUCGCUUAGUUUUCCAUUUCUCAAUUCUUUGACGCUGGUAAGAAAAUAUUUAAAUUGACUUGUUGCAGAUAUUAUGAUUGUGUUAUAAAAAUAUGUAAUAAUAUAGCAUAUACCUAUAUUAUUCCACUGCUUAAUUAAAUUUCUCCCAUAAACAAUCAAACGAGUAAAAAAUUACUCUACUAAAAAAUUGAGUUCUUUAACUUGAGCGUUUCUUUUCUGGGUCAAAGAAUUCCGAUAGUUAGUUAACUUUUAGUGCACGAUUCUCUCCGAACAUCGCGCACAUCAUGCAGAUUCCGUUGGAAGUUUCACGAUCUAUCGUUAUUGCUCAAAUACAGAAGACGGUCUCACUACAAUAAGUCUCUCGAACGUGCAAUGCUAUCACGUGACCUGAUCAAACGGGUAGAUCAUCCAUCGAUCGCUCGUGCAAUACGUAGGAUAAGAACCUCGCCAGAUGCGAAGAAACUUGGCGGGGCGAAACAUUUUGUUUGGGUGGUUGCACGAAUUUUUAUCUCACGUUGUAAAUAAACACAUAUGGCAAAGCGUCUUGCUUUUACAACAAACUCUUUAACAGCGACUAUAUAUAAUUGUAAUUGUCUAUGUGUAUGUUAUUACAAUUGUCUACACGUUUAAACAACGAACAGAUAAUAAUAGUCGCACGUACGUCGCAUCAUUAUGUUUGCUAUUUCAUAAUCAUUUAAUAGAUAUUUUAAUUUAAAUGGCCGGUUUAUUUCCGACUGAUAAACACAGCAAUAUUUGUUAACCGACAUAGCUAUUUUGAAUAUAAUUCGUAAAAUAAGAGAAUAUGUCAUUAAAAUUCUGCUACAAUUUAAAUUUAAUGAGUUAUAAAUUGAGCAAUAGCUAGAGAUUGUUCAAAUAAUUAUAAGGACUCUAUACGGAAUUGCAAUGAGGAAAGAUAUAACCACUAGUAAGAGGCUUUUUCGCGAACCGUGUCAUAUGUAAAAGACUCUCGAAUUUUGUUCGACGGAAGAAAAGAAUCGUUCGAUAAAAUGUGCGUCAUAAAAGGAUGUUGUAUAAAUUAUUGUAUUAAUAAUCACGACCUUCUCAUCACAGCAACAAAUUACACAACCGUACUUUGACAAUUGACUUUUUUGCAAAAAUCUCGAACGAUUGAUUAAAUUAAGUGAAAACAUAUUCACGUUAGAAUUAUAUGGAUAAUAUUU